GAGGUGGAGGAGGAGGAGCGGCGGAGUAGCGACGGCGGUACGCUGCGUUAGCGUUUCGGCUAAUGGUCGAAACGUCGAUCCGUCACCACACGCUCAAGUUCCCGAUGCUGCAGCCACCGUCUCCCCUCCUGGAGAUGGCGUCUCUGCGACUACCGGACUCGGAGGAGUUCGACGUUGAUACGCGCCGCAGGAGUAACAACGGCAACGUGCCGGCCACGACAGUCGCGAGCGUGCCGCCGGGUACCGGCACCCUGCUGCAGAUGCGGAGCGAUCUCGGCGAUUACCUCAACAAUCUCAUCACGGAGGCGAUCGCGACGACGAGUCCGCGUGCAGGAUCUUCCACCAUGGAGGAUCAGGUCCUCCACGGGCUGUUCAACGCCAGCAAGAAUCUGUCGGCGAUCGAGCACGCGUCCGAUCGGCUUUACAGGCACAGCAUGGCCAUGUCGGCGGUCUACUGCGUGGCGUACGUCGUCGUCUUUGUCGUCGGCCUGAUCGGCAACAGUUGCGUUAUCGCCGUGGUAUACCGGUCACCCCGCAUGCGGACCGUCACGAAUUUCUUCAUCGUCAACCUCGCGGUGGCCGACGUGCUCGUCAUCGUCUUCUGCCUGCCGGCCACGUUGAUGAGCAACAUCUUCGUCCCGUGGAUCCUGGGAUGGUUCAUGUGCAAAGCGGUCGCUUACAUACAGGGCGUCUCCGUGGCGGCCUCCGUCUACAGCUUGGUAGCGGUCUCCCUGGACAGGUUUUUGGCGAUCUGGUGGCCGUUGAAAUGUCAAAUCACGAAACGGCGAGCUCGCAUGAUAAUCGUCGUGAUCUGGUUCAUUGCCCUGACAAUGACGUCACCCUGGCUGCUGUUCUUCGACUUGGUCUCCAUUUACGACGACGAUCCCGACCUGCGUUUCUGCCUGGAGAAGUGGCCGCAUCCCAAGGACGGCUCGCUGUUCUUCCUGAUCGGCAAUCUGACCCUCUGCUACGUGCUACCGAUGAUACUCAUAUCCCUCUGCUAUAUUCUCAUCUGGAUCAAGGUGUGGCGCAGGCAUAUACCCACCGAUACCAAGGACGCCCAGAUGGAGAGGAUACAGCAGAAGUCGAAGGUGAAGGUGGUCAAGAUGCUGGUUGUGGUCGUGAUACUCUUCGUCCUCUCAUGGUUGCCUCUCUACGUAAUUUUCGCCGUGGUCAAGCUGGGUGGUAACGUGGCCGAGAGUGAGGACGAGAUCUUGCCGAUCGCCACGCCGAUCGCCCAGUGGCUGGGCGCCAGCAACUCCUGCAUAAAUCCGAUCCUCUACGCUUUCUUCAACAAGAAGUACCGGCGCGGCUUCAUCGCCAUCCUCAAGAGCGGCCGAUGCUGCGGCAAGCUGAGGUACUACGAGACCGUCGCGAUGAUGUCCUCCUCGACGAGCAUGAGAAAGUCCUCCUAUUACGUCAACAACAACAACAACAACUCGUCGACGAGACGCUGGCACGGGCCGCCGGUUCACCAGGACAGCAACGUUUCCUACAUAUUCAAUCACACCGGCGUGUAAUUGCAGCCGCGUGAGUCGAGGGUGCCCUGAGGUGACCUCGCCUUUAUUGUGCAGAUUUGAUAUACAUACCCGAUCAACGGUGGACAAACUGAAAGAGGAGCGCGGUGGCCUUUGCAUCUCGAUCGGUGACCGUCUUAAUUGCACGCCGGUCGAAGCCGAAAUCUGGCCGAAGUCAGCCAGUCCGAGGAUUUACGGGUCAUCCUCGUACGGAUGAUCGACACGAUUGUUGCUCGGACCGGAAGUUGUCAAUGGUAUGACGAGAGAAGAGAGAAGCCUUUCCCAGCUCAGACAGACCAUGGAACGAUUGUCGCCCUGCCAUUGUCCUUAACGAAAGACACGUCGUUAUUUUGGAUUUUGUCACAAUGUUUAGCCACUGCGUAAUAAUACCACUACGUUAAUAUACAUAUAUACUCUAGUUGUUAAGAGACGAGUUCGUCGCUGUGAGCACGCGGUUGUGCAAUUGUUCGCCUAACGACACGACGAAGUAGCUUUCUAGGUGAUCCAGGAGAGACGAGAUUUACGCUUCAAUGAAUUAGGACUUCUUCUAUGUUCGAGAUAUUUGUACGGUACGUUUGAAACAAAGAGAGAAAGAGAGAAAGAGAGAAAGAGAGAGAGAGAGAAAGAAAGAGAGGACGUAUAGUUAAGUCUACCAAUUAAAUGUAAAGCAGGAUGGAGUUUGUUACGAUUGCGGCGGAUGCACGCGCCCUUGUGUUGUGUCGAGUACGUAAUUAGCGCGACAGCGCGGAGUGGCGAUGAUGUCGGGGAUGAUGACUCGCGUGCUAGCGCGCGGGUACGAGCUGAGUCGUUGUCUCUUGACAGUAGGCGCGCGGGCACUUUCCGUCAUGAUAGACAAUUAAAGCUGAUCCUCGUUGGCGGGAUAUUUGCGUAAUUAAGGGGGCAUGUGAGUGAAGACGUGUGCACAUACACACCAAUUAACACGGGGUUCUCAUCGAAUGUACGGUGGAAGGCGCAGCGUCGCGUAAAACUCGAUCUCGAUCCGUAUUCGUUCAUGCGAGCGGUUUUCGGGCAAAACGGAGACGUUGGUGAAAUAAAUCGCCUAAGAUUCUGACGUUAUCUAGCGCGUGUACUCAGUAUCGCAUGCCGCAGGUUCAUUCGUACACGUUGAGACCACCAGUUGCACCAAGAAUCGAGAUUAGAUAACACAAUAUCCGUAGCGGGACGAACGGGCACGCAGUAAUUUGUUGAUUAUCAUUAAUUGACGGUCGGUUGCCUGAUCACGAAGGACAGUUUGUUUAUAAUCUCCAAGGAGAAAAUACUGAUCACUAUAGAUCAUGAUUGAUUUCCUCGUAAGGCUAUAUAUGACUCACACGUCGUGCUCUAAUAUGCAUCUCUAAUGUUCAUUUAAUCUUCGUUCUAUGAUAUAUUCGUUUUAUAAGGGAAAAAAAUUAAUUUGAGUAGUAAUGAGUUAAUCGAACCUUUGCAAACGCACUAUCUAUAUAUACAAUUUGCCACGUAUUUAAAAUUAUAAUUACUAUAGGAUUACGUACGUAUGUUUUCUUCGGAGAUCCGUUUGUAGUUCAUUGGCGACGCCAUUGCUCUCAACACUUGCGAUGAGAAAAACUUUAUGGCAAUGCAAAUGUGUGAGAUGAAGACAUCAGACGGUCCUUUUCCUUUUUCCGACUUUGGACGUUUUUUCUAAAUUUCUAUUUCUUGCAUUCUCGUAUCAUCGGGAAGUCACGUGACCGAGUGGCGGUCUGAUCCAAGCUAGAUUGUAUCACUGCUAUCACAGGCGUUUGUUCGUUCUUCGCUGGAUUAAUCGACAGGGUUUUUUCUCGAGCUUGAUCGUCCGCAGCACCGCGUUUGCACAUCGAGGUUUGCCCGGAUUUGUCCGAGGGCAAUUCCCGUAGCCUUUUCAAGCCACGACGUUUAUCGCGCGCUUGUUAUUUCGUCGCACGUGAUCAUCCAUCGGCGAUAAAAAAAAAAAAACGAAAGAAAGGCGUGUUACUUUGUCCAUUGGCACCGCGAUCGAUCAGAUCGCGGAUUUCCGCGCGCGUCGCGAUAGAGCGAUCGAGUGGUCGCGUUACUCGUUACAUUUUUAAGGGCCGAGAUGAUCGGCUCUUGCGAUUCACAUCCCCCCCUUCCUUCUGGGGCAACGGGAUUACUUUGAAUCCUUGUAGUUGUAAGAUGGUAACGUCGUAAGCGAAUUGCCGGAUUUUACGAUAGAGCAAUUAUUUUCGUAAGGUUUUUAUACGAGUGACGAUACGAGCUGUAGAUUUAACUGCAGGCGUGCGAGCUAUUACAAGAGACCACCGAGUCUAUUUCAAUUCAUAUCCAUCGGUGGCGAUUAAGUGUAAAAAUGAUAAUAAAGUAGGAAAACGGGAGGCACGCGAUCAUUAUAGCAGCGACAGCAAUUAUAAUUGAAGAAACGUAGGAACAAUCAGGAUUUGAGAUUGAGACACAAUUUUUUGCUAAUUUCAAAUUUCGAUGCCACGGACACUCGUUGCACGUCACAAAUUGUUAUGGAAAGCGUUUUUCGGUGUCUGUGUAGCAUCGGCAACUCGCAACCCGAAAUUACCCGUCGGUCGUAUUGUAAUAUACCGGCGGUAAUCUCGGGCUGUGUAACUGUACACGUAUAAGAAAUGACGAAUACGUGUAAGUUAUCGUGUACGAACAUGAAUAUAAACUCACGUAGUGUGCAUGUAAGGAUCAAACGUAAGUCUAUCCGCUCUGUCUGCAUGUACGUACUAUAUGUAUAUCUAUUGUUGCUACGUUGUAACUAAAAUAACACACUGACACACAUUGUCUUAACACACGUUCCAGAUUUAUCGUUCCGUCGUGGAUCCUUUUUGUACCUUCUGUGGAUCCCUUUUUGAUUGUUAAUUAAUUAUUAUUGAUCGAUUUUUGUCGCACGCGCAGAAUAUCUUCUAACACGCACACACUUUAACGGACUUUCGUAACUUUAUGAAGCUUUUGAUUUACAAGAUUUACAAAGCAAUUGACAAAACGUGUGAAUCCAUUGGAAUUAUCUCUCUUUCGCGUGCGAUUUUUUUUCUCUUAAGAAAUGCAUUGCGCAACUGUCUACGAAUAAAAGCUUCAUUGUAUAUGAACGUUUUAAUUAGCGAGAUGAAAAAUACGUUGGUCGCAUUUGUAAAUUAGAUGCAUGCAAGAAGACGUCGUAACCAAAUAAUAAAUGUAAAGAAGUUCAUAAUAGGGCUACGUAAAGUAAAUUUGAAAUUCCGGUACGUUUGAAUAUUCGACUAUUUAGACAUUGCUGUGAUUCGAGCCUUGAGAUUCGAUUAAUUCUAACUCAGAUGAAAUAAAUGGUCAAAUAAUUCAAGUACUUUGAAUAUCAAGCAUUUCCGACGGUUCAAUUGUUGCCGUGUUUGCGGUACCGUCACUUUGCAGUACAUAUAUUUUUAUAUUUAUUAGACUUGUGAUACUUUUGACCAAUUCAACAUAAACUAUCUGUAUCAUAUUUAAAUGAACAUAGAUUAUAUUCUCGAUAUUCAGAUACUUGAAAUAUUCAGCUAUUUUUUAUUGAUAAUCUCAUGUUCAAGUUUUAUCGAAAAUUGUCCGUAUGACAGAUUUACUCAAACAUCUACAGCCCCUACACACGCUUGAGUUCUGUUACCAGGACUUACGAGGUGCAAUAAAAAAAUUUCCGGACUAACGCUAUGAAAAAAUAACUGACUAAUCCUAUAUUCACGGUUUUAUCCCCUUCAAGGUAAUCCCCUUCAAGGUAAUCUCCUUUGACAUUAACUCUUAACUGGCGACGUGAAAAAAAAAUGAAGAAAGUUCAAUACAAUUAUUGAUGAGUAUCUCUCAAUUUCUUUAAAUUUGUUUAUGAUUUUCAGAACACAUAAUAUGUAUAAAUUACUUUUAUUGAUUAUCUAAUUGUAAGAACAUGAAAGCAGGAGAGAAAUAUUGUAUUGAAAUUAAUGUCUUUGAUUGGUUAUUCAUUUACGUACAAAUAAGAAGAUAAAAUUUAAGUUCUCUAAAGUUUGAAAGACCUUAAGAAAGCUUAAAUACCUUUCUUAAGGUUUAAGCAAGCGAUCAGUCCAAAAAUUAAUUUUGUAUCUCGUACAGUUGACAUCAAAACGAUUUGAUUAAGACAGUCUUUUUGUAGUGAUCCUUGAAACAUCUUCGACAUUCAAUGAAAGAACUGCCUCAUCCAUUUUAUCACGUUAAUAUGUGUUCGAGAAAUUCAUGAUCAUGCCUUAAUCGCGACCAGAACAAGCCCCGUUGUCCGUUGUUAAUAGUGCUUUCUCUUGAACGGAUUUAAUAUUAAUUUAAAAGUAACACAAUUUACAUAGAACAAAAUACAUACUGCUGGUUCCUGCCAGGGAUUUUAUCAAACAUAACUAGGUUACAAAGAUAUUGCGAACUUAUAUCAUAACAACGUAUCGCGUGUAUCGCGCAUUUCUACUUACAAGUUGGUCCUGCAGUAUACAUUUAUUUUAUUUAAUUAUUACGAUAACUUAGAAAGGCAAAUUAUUUAAAGUCGAUGCUUAUUUCGAUGAGCAUUCCAAAAAUAAUAGUUUCCAAAAGUAACAGCUUAAUAAUUAAUACUUUACUAACUUAAUUAUUCAACAUAGUUAUAAAUUUCGUCAAUGGUAAAAGCACGUUUAUAUAAAAGCAUAUGGCCUGAGCAAUAAUUUUCAAGAAGAAUAUUCAAUAACAGAAAAAGAUAUACUUUUUUCUUCAAAGUUUUGUUAGAGCAUGUCAUUAAAACGGUGCUUUUAUCAUAUAAAAUCUCUUAUAUAAUACAUUUGCCGAUAUCGCGAAUAGUUUAUGGGAUACCUCAAGAGAUGAGUCAAAGAUACCGUCUAAAAUUAAUUCCCAGAGGCGGCGGGAAAAUUGCGUAGAGUAUCUGAAGCCGACGCUUAAAGGUUACUCCAUCGUCGUGAGCCUAUUUUUUCUGAUAGCGCGCGAGAUAUACGAGGGAAAGCGAUAACAUGAUUUACAUGAACUUAGCGUUUCUCUCAAUAGAACAUAAGCAUUCUGUUAUACAAUUUUUUACAAUCGUCCGCAAGACACUCCCUGUUGUAUUGUUAGGUAAUCUCGUGUCUUAAGUGGGAUAUGAGAUACGAUAAUUAAGCGUUUAAUUGAUAGAACGUAUUUACGGUUAUUGGUAUAUUAUUAGUGUCAGUUACGCGCGAAGCGGCCAAGCGUAUUUAAUGAUGCUGGCGGAGCCUUGGUACAUACAAGAGAUUUCCACGUCGAGAUAUCGGAAAUGCACAUCUGUUUGUAGCUGCAAAGUGAUGUUUUUGUACAUUUAAAAACACCUUCUCUUUGCUCUUUAUAUAAAAAUACUAUAAAGUCGCGAGAAAUAAACGUUAUUUACUCGUUCACUAUAAUCACAAAUUAUUAAGUUUUGUGUAAAGGAAGAGAGACAGUGCAGGAGAGAUUGCCGUAUUUAUCGAGUAAAAUUAAAUCUAGAUUUGUAUUAAUUAACAUAGACAUUCAAUACGCUUUUCUUCGCUUAGAGAAGUUUAAGUGUCUUUUCCGAUGAUUAAAAAGAUUAAAUUUAUUUUAAGUGGAAUUUAGUGUGGAGGAAUAUUUUGUACUAACAUGAUAAUUAAGUCACACACGUACACACACACACACACACACACACACACACACACAAAGUAGAAUAUCGCUUUUGAGAAUUUGCACGCGUAUAAGUGUCACGGUCAAAUCGACACUUUCGUUGCACACGCGCGUUUACCGAAUAAAUAAAAAUCAAAUACUCUGGCGAUUCGAAUUGAGCUCGGCGCUUUAUGAGACGGCCGUAAUAUUGAAAUCUUCUAAGCUACAUACACAUCGAACGGUAUGCCAUCCUCUUUCCUUUCCGUUUUACUUUUGUUUUAUUGACGGUUACGCGUUAUAUGGAUAAGCGCAGCGUUAUCUUUAUAACAAUGAAAUAAAAUAGAAACAUACUAGAAGGUAAGAAAGACGAAUUGAUUGCAAUGCAAGGUGGUCGAUAAGUGUUUAGCAAAUCCUAUCAGAAAUAUGUAUGUAACGUACCAACCAAAAGAUGUUACCGAUAUGUCGAGAGAUGACUCUUACCCAGCAUAACUUAU